ACACAAAUACCAUUCUGACUCUUGACUGCUGAUCGAGGAAGGCAUAUUUACCGGUUCAUCUCUUUUGAAAAUCUUUGGAAAAUACUUUUGUUUGUACUACGAUAAGGAUCUCACUUAUAGCCUACAUGGAGUCGACUCCUUUCCUCACCAACCCUUUGCGGGCCACUCUACCCGUCCUCUUACCGAUGGCCCGGAGUGCCGCCAUGCCCAUCCCUGUCAAGAUACACGAGCCCGACUUCAACAAGGCCAUCGCCUCCGUCAUCUGGGCUCGACAUCGUCGACAACCAACCUCGAGCAUCUUUAACUGCCAUGUCUCGAACUGUCCCCUAUGCCAGACUACAAGAGCUCCUGAUAGACCUUCGGUGGAGGUCAAGAGGAGGUCACAACCGCAACAGGUGAAGGCGUCAUCAACUGAUCAACCCUCAGUCGUCAACUGGUUGUUACCGUCAUCGACACCAACGCCGAGCCUCGUAGCGGAUCGUAAGAGAGCUUCGUCACGGACGCCAUCCCCGACGAGGAAGCGAUUCGCCCCGUCACCUCCGCCCGUUCACCGCUUCAAGUGUCGAUCAUGUCCCAAGUCGUUCGCCAAGAAGACACAUCUUCGCAUCCAUCGCCGGAUUCACAACGGACGUCAUGUUUACUGCUGUCAGUACUGCCCGAUGGUCUUAGCUUGUCCGUCUCAAUUGAUCAGGCAUCGUCGCGUUCACACCGGAGAGCGGCCGUAUCGAUGUUCGUUCGAGGGAUGUGAAAGAGACUUCACGUGCCGCAGCAGCCUCAACAGACACUACAAGAUGCAUUUCCCGGUGGCAGGCUUGAGAGGAUAAGGAUUAUUUCGUGCAAUUCAAGUUCUUAUGAGAUGAUGCUCCAUGUUUGGGCAGUAUAUACAAUUUGUUUAUGUUUCAUGAAUCUGAAUAAAUGCGUUUUCAAAUUUAAAUACUC